AUGGGAAGAGCUCCUUGCUGUGACAAAGCAAAUGUAAAGAAGGGUCCAUGGUCACCUGAAGAAGAUGCUAAACUCAAAUCUUACAUUCAACAAAACGGCACCGGAGGAAACUGGAUUUCUUUGCCUCAAAAGAUUGGUCUUAAAAGGUGCGGGAAGAGUUGUAGGCUAAGAUGGUUGAACUAUCUUCGCCCAAAUAUCAAGCAUGGUGGGUUUUCUGAAGAAGAAGAUAACAUCAUUUGCAGCCUCUAUAUAAGUAUUGGAAGCAGAUGGUCUAUUAUUGCAGCUCAAUUGCCUGGAAGAACAGAUAACGAUAUCAAGAACUAUUGGAACACGAGGCUGAAGAAGAAGCUUCUUGGAAAGAGUUCAUCCAUACAAAGAAGAAGGAAAGAGUCUAAUAAUGCUGUUAUUGAUAGAUCCAGCAUGGCUCCCACUUCUGAUGGCAUGAUUAGUGUAAAUGUACCACCACAACCAGUACCCAAUUCGAAUGAUCAAGAUCACGAGUCUUUGAUCAGAAAGCUUUUGAUCAAGAUUGGUGGGAAGUUUGCCAAUUCAAACAUGAUUGAUCUUGGUAAUGUUUCAGCUUCAUCAUCAUCAAGCUACAUGCCUAUUCUUGAUCCUGGAAUUAAUAUUCCCCUUUUGGAUGCACAAAUUAGCACUACUACUCUGUUUCCAUCUGAUGGAUUGGAGUUUUUAUAUGGAGACAUGGUCAAUAUCAAUCAUCAUGACAUGAGUUUUCCAGUUGAAACUAUGACUUAUGGGGGAUUAAUGGAUGAUGAUCAGUGGCAAGGAGUUGGUAAUUGGGUACCUAGUCAAGAAGGUGGUGGGUUUUCUUGAUUUCAAUUAUUUGAAAAAAAAU